GUUAGGAUUGGAGGUCAGAAGCUGCUGUACAGGGAAAGCAGACAGCCUUUUAAUGGACUAAGCUGGGAGUGUGCCUUUUCUUUUAUUCUCCCCCCUUCCCUGCAUUGCUUUCGAUGACAACGCCAGACCUUCCGGGGCUGACGGUCUGGGUGCAGCAUGACAGGACAGACUGCAGGAGGCUGUGAGGGUCGCUGAAGAUGUCAGAGAGCCUUGAUACUGCAGAGAAACCUCCAGCCCCUCCACUGAGAAUGAACAGCAACAACCGCGAUUCUUCUGCACUCAAUCACAGCUCCAAGCCGCUUCCCAUGGCUCCCGAAGAGAAGAACAAGAAGGCCCGGCUGCGCUCCAUCUUCCCAGGAGGGGAUAAAACCAAUAAGAAGAAAGAGAAAGAGCGUCCCGAAAUCUCUCUCCCUUCAGACUUCGAACACACGAUCCAUGUGGGCUUUGAUGCUGUCACUGGGGAAUUCACACCAGAUCUCUAUGGCUUACAGAUGUGCACAGGGAAGCUUCCAGAGGGGAUUCCUGAGCAGUGGGCCAGGCUGCUACAGACCUCCAAUAUAACGAAAUUGGAACAAAAGAAGAACCCACAAGCUGUUCUGGAUGUCCUCAAAUUCUAUGAUUCCAAAGAGACAGUAAACAACCAGAAAUAUAUGAGCUUUACAUCAGGAGAUAAGAGCGCCCAUGGAUACAUUGCAGCCCAUCCUUCGAGCACAAAGACAGCAUCAGAACCCCCACUAGCCCCCCCAGUUUCAGAGGAAGAGGAUGAGGACGAUGAGGAAGAUGACAAUGACAAUGAGCCACCACCUGUUAUUGCCCCCCGCCCAGAACAUACGAAAUCAAUUUAUACACGUUCUGUAAUUGAACCUGUUGCUGCUCCGGCCCCUGUGAAAGAAACUACAACGCCCCAACCUGAGAUCUCCAGCACAAACACCUUGUACAGGAACACAGACCGGCAACGGAAAAAAUCCAAGAUGACGGAUGAGGAGAUCCUAGAGAAAUUAAGAAGCAUUGUGAGUGUUGGAGACCCAAAAAAGAAAUAUACACGGUUUGAAAAAAUUGGCCAAGGGGCUUCGGGAACAGUUUACACAGCGAUAGACAUUGCCACGGGGCAGGAAGUCGCUAUAAAACAAAUGAAUCUCCAGCAGCAACCCAAAAAGGAAUUAAUAAUUAAUGAAAUCCUAGUCAUGAGGGAAAAUAAGAAUUCCAACAUUGUCAACUAUUUAGAUAGUUACCUUGUUGGUGAUGAACUUUGGGUCGUUAUGGAAUAUUUGGCUGGUGGCUCGUUGACAGAUGUUGUUACGGAAACAUGCAUGGAUGAAGGGCAGAUUGCGGCUGUCUGCAGAGAGUGCCUGCAAGCUUUGGAUUUCUUGCAUUCAAACCAAGUGAUCCACAGAGACAUCAAGAGUGACAACAUCCUUCUCGGGAUGGAUGGAUCCGUCAAACUCACUGACUUUGGCUUCUGUGCUCAGAUCACUCCCGAGCAGAGUAAACGGAGCACGAUGGUCGGGACGCCCUACUGGAUGGCCCCUGAAGUGGUAACAAGGAAGGCGUAUGGCCCCAAAGUGGACAUCUGGUCUUUAGGGAUCAUGGCAAUAGAAAUGGUGGAAGGAGAACCUCCAUAUCUCAAUGAAAAUCCUCUCAGGGCCUUGUAUUUGAUAGCCACAAAUGGGACGCCAGAACUCCAGAAUCCUGAGAGACUCUCUGCUGUUUUCCGAGACUUUUUGAACCGCUGCCUCGAGAUGGAUGUCGACAGACGAGGGUCUGCAAAGGAACUCUUGCAGCAUCAGUUUUUAAAAUUGGCCAAGCCGCUCUCCAGUCUGACUCCACUGAUCAUUGCAGCGAAAGAGGCAAUAAAGAACAGUAGCCGCUAGUCCUUUUGAGUAGCACACACCAUGCCUUCGCAGCG